GAUUGUUCCUGUUCACUUUCUUAAGUCACUUCAAAUGCUGUCCGUGGACGGGUAGCUCAUUGUCAGGACAGGAGCAGGGCGAGAGCGGAGCAGAGUAGCCAGAGAGAUAGGUACAGGAGCUGGUACCUCACCCUAAUACACAGCUACUGCACUACUGCAACAGUACAGAAGAGAGGACAGACAGGCUGAGCUACACUGAGCUGGUAAAUGAUGGACACAGAUGUCCUAGGUUUCAGACCAGACAGGAGGAGUCCUCUUAGGGAAGACCUGAGGCCUGUCUCUCACCCCAGUCUUUACCUGAGCCAAUCUCCACUCGACCUGAACCUCCCCAAACGCUCCCCGACCAGAGAGGCCUACAGCACCACCUUCAGCCCUCUGACUCACCAUCUCCCUAUGGGCCUUGAGGGUAUUCAUUACACCCAGAGAGAAGGCUCCCAAAAACGUAAAAGAACUCCAUUCAAAAUGGAGGGUUCCGAAUCCCCCACUCCUGGAGACAUGGAGGAGGUGGAGCGUCGAGGCAACACCAGGACUGUUGAUCUCUCCCACCUUCCGUUCUCCCUCCCUUCUCAUCCGCGUCUCUCUCCCUCUCCCAUGCCCAUCCCAGGUAUGAUUGACCUGACCCGGCUCCAGCUGCACAACAGGGCUCGGUCCAGGUAUGAUCCACCUAUGGGCCUCGCAAUGCAGGUGAAACAGGAACCAAUCAGCCCCUCACCUCUGUGGCCUCCCUCUCCUCUCCUCCUGCACCACCCUCCUCCCCCAUUCUUUCCCUCUCUCCACCCCAGCCUCCUCCCCUUCCCAUUUUUCAUGCCUGGGCCUGUCAUGCACCUCUCUCCUGGAGCCUUCUACCCCAGAGAGGCCCUCAGACCUAGUCGGUGUGGCCCAGACGGAGGCCCCCGAGGUGGGAUGACCAGCGUUGAGAAGCUAGGUCUCAACAUCCACAUUGACGACAGCUACUACGUAGAUGUAGGGGGAGACCAGAAGCGUUGGAAGUGCCGUAUGUGUGAGAAGUCAUACACCUCCAAGUAUAACCUGGUCACACACAUCCUGGGCCACAGCGGGAUCAAGCCUCAUGGCUGCCACCUGUGUGGGAAGCUGUUCAAGCAGCUGAGCCACCUGCACACCCACCUUCUUACCCACCAGGGCACAAGGCCACACAAGUGCCAGGUGUGCCACAAAGCCUUCACCCAGACCAGCCAUCUGAAGAGACACAUGAUGCAGCAUAGUGAUGUGAAGCCAUACAGUUGUGGGGUGUGUGGUAGGGGCUUUGCCUAUCCUAGUGAGCUGCGGGCCCAUGAGCUGAAGCAUGAGAAGGGCCAGGAGAACGUAUGUGUAGAGUGUGGUCUAGACUUCCCCACUCUGGCCCAGCUCAAGAGACACCUGACGGCCCACAGAGGACCCACCCUCUACAGGUGUAGUGAGUGCCAGAAGAGCUUCCAGUACCCCAGUCAGCUGCAGAACCACAUGAUGAAGCACAAAGACAUCCGGCCAUACAUCUGCAGCGAGUGUGGCAUGGAGUUCAUACAGUCCCAUCACCUCAAACAGCACACACUCACACAUAAAGGGGUGAAGGAGCACAAGUGUCGUAUCUGUGGUCGUGAGUUCACCCUUCUGGCCAACAUGAAGCGCCACAUCCUGAUCCAUACUAACAUCCGGGCCUAUCAGUGCCACCUCUGCUUCAAGAGCUUUGUCCAGAAACAGACCCUCAAGGCCCACAUGAUCGUCCACUCUGACAUCAAACCCUACAAAUGCAAGCUGUGUGGGAAGGAGUUCAACAGAAUGCAUAACCUGAUGGGCCAUAUGCACCUGCACUCUGACAGCAGGCCCUUUAAGUGCCUCUACUGCCCCAGCAAGUUCACUCUGAAGGGAAAUCUCACCCGCCACAUGAAAGUCAAACAUGGGAUCAUGGAUAGAGGCCUGGAUGCAAGAGUGUCCAGGCGACAGGGGCGCUUCUGCCUGUCGGCCCCUCUGGGCCUCCUGACCCGUUACAGCCAGGAAGAACCCUUUGACCUCUCCCAGAAGCCCAGGCAGCCGCGGCCCUGCCUGCGCCUCUCCCAGUCGGAUGGGGAGAGCGUCCCGGGGAGCUCCUGUCAGGACGAGGAUGAGGAGGAGAGCCUGUACAGGAGGAGCCAGUACAGCCCUGAGGUCUACCAACACCACACUGGGGGACAGGUGUACAGGUCUGAGACAGCUAAACAGAUGUAUAGACAGGACAUGGAGACUAGUGGACAUGUGUACCCUCCUGGGGCAGAUGGUGAGGUUUAUCAGCCUGUUCCAGAGCCAGGUGAUGCAGAUAAGCAGUUGUACCAGUGUGUGACAGGUAGACAGGUGUAUGACUCUGACUCAGAGCUAGGUGACCAGCUGUACCAACCUAACCUAGAAUUAGGUGACCAGAUGUAUGAAACGGAGUCAGAGGCAGGUGAACACCACAUAGGUGGCAAGCUGUGUUAUCCACAGUCAGGUAAUACAGGUGAACAUAUGUACCACUCAGAUUCCGAGGUAGGUAGCCAGUCGUACCAUUCUGACCUAGACCAGCUAGAGAUAGGUGACCAGGUGUACCAGCCUGACCCAGACCAGCUAGAGAUAGGUGACCAGGUGUACCAUUCUGAUCCCGGCGAGGAGAUGAUGGACACACCUGAACCAUGUGAAAAAGACUACCACUCAGACCCUGGUGUCUUAACAAAAAACGUAGGGACUGAUGAGGAGGAAGAGGAGGAUUUGGUGAGAGCUGGGAGCAGGGUGGAGGAAGAACAGAGAAAGCAGUUUAGACGUUAUCUUAGCAGGGAAGAAUACAGACGUGUAAGGAGUUAUAACGACAGUAAGAGUUCCUCUUCUACCGAGUAGUGACAGGAGGAGUACGAGUCGUGAAUAGGCUACUGUGCUGAAGAGAAGAGGGUUGAGAGCUAUUGUAAAAGGGUGGGGAGAGAAUUGAGUAGUAACUCGAAUACGCCACUGGCGAGACCUCAGAGAUAAUGUUUGCUUCAUAAGUGUUGUUUUAAAUGUAGAAAAACAUGCCAAAUUGCUAACGAAAUUAGUCCUGUAGCAUUUAAUACUGCUAUAAAACCGAACAAAAAUACGUUUGGAAUUUGUAUGACAUAUUUGAAUAAUCAAAUGUUAGAAUUAAACAAUGAAGGCCUUUAAACACUUGUUGGACAAUAAUUGUACAAAUGAAAUGCCUUUUAUGGUGUCUGACGGAGUUGAAUCCAGUUAGUUGCACUUUACAUCUUUCAAGAAUCACUGAGCUCGAAAAUAGCAACAUUUUCUCACAGCCCAAUUGGCAAAAUGUGUAAAAUAGCGUGCGAUUAACUAUAAAACGGCACAUUUUUCUCUUCCUCUGACCUUGCCGGGGGCGCCCGCAAAACUGCGCAACGCCCCUGGAAUAAGCUGUGAAGUGUGUUGUAUUUCAGGCUGGUAGAACGAACAAUACAUGUGCAUGUGAAAAGACGUAUCUUAAAGAAAAGCUUAGUUGAAAUCAGGGUGAAAUUGUGCUGUGAAUACAAUUCUAUUGUUUUGAAAAUAUAUUUUUUCUAAAUUGUUACUUUUUAACUAGUACUUGUCAAUCUAUAAUUAAUUAGCAUGGGAUUACAAUGUGAUCAAAGUGAUUUAUCUUUUUUAAUGCUAGUUUCAAAUGCUCUUCUACUGGAAGCUUUAAUAGGUCUGUAAAUUAUGUUGUUUGUUGUGUGAUAUAAUGAGCGAACAAAAGUAAUCUCAUCUAAUGAGAGACUUUGAAAUUAAUAAAAGUGCUGUAAGAAUUAAGAAUUAAGAUUUUUUUUUUGGGGGGGGGGAGAUUUACUCUUUAAAGGUUGUCUCAUGUGUAGAGGAAAGUAAUGAGAAGGCACACCACAGCCCACUAAGCAAGGACCGACGGAGACGUCUUAUGGACGUCUUUUUUUGGUUGUGUCUGGACUGGCCGCCUUUUUGGUGCGGUCCAGACUGGCCUUGAUUUCAACAUCCACAGACUUAGAUUUUUGGUCUGGACCGGACCAAAUCUGAACCAAUUAUAGAUGUCUAUGCUUGGUUCAGAUUUGAUCUGGUCCAGACCAACCUUAAUUUGGCUCAAACAUAGACAUCUAUGAUUGGUUCAGAUUAGGUCCGGUACUGAACCAAUCAUGCUCUACUGUACUGAACUGUGCCAUACUGUACUGUGCUGUUCAAACUUGUGAAACAUAGUCUAAAUGUCUAUGACUCGUUCAGAUUUCGACCAGCCUUGAUUCGUUCAGAUUUUUACUUGUUUGGGGGCGGAGCUCAUGAGAAUAAUACACAGCAUGCUCUGCGAGAUUGUGUGUAUUGUGUGUAUUGUUGUGAAAUUGUUAGAUAUUACUUGUUAGAUAUUACUGCACUGUUGGAGCUAGAAACACAAGCAUUUAGCUAUACCCGCAAUAACAUCUGCUAACCAUUUGUAUGUGACCAAUAAAAUUUGAUUUUGAUUUGAA